AUGAUAAACAAACUCAUUGGAAGCGGCUUGGCUGGUGUCAAAGAUAGCGAGAUCUUGACAGUCUUGGCACUCCUAACUGUCAGCAUCGUGUGGACUAGAGCUUGGACAAGACGGUCGAAAAGCAACAUUCCGAUCAUCAACGAGUACCCGAACGACAUCAACCGCGCCAGAGCGAAGCAUCGAUUCAUCUCCAAUGCGCAAGGUCUUCUAGAGGAGGGCACCAAGAAUUACCCCGACCAGCCCUUUAGAAUCAUAACUGCACUCAGUGAUAGGGUCUUCCUUCCAUACACCUGGAUCGACUGGCUUCGCAAGCACCCAGACCUCGAUCACCAAGCCGCAGUCGCACAGGAUUUCUUCGGCGACUAUCCGGGCUUCGAGGCAAUUGGAGCAUUUAACGACCCCAACCAUUUUGUCAUCGACCUUGUUAAGAAGCGGAUGUCUCAGAUCACGCAGCCCAUGCUUGAUACAUUUGAAAGCCAAACGGACAGGAUUCUGAAGGACAAAAUAGGUGGUGACACCACGUUCCAUGAAAUCUCGUGGGGCACUCUUUGUUUCAACAUGACAGCAUCCGUCGCAUCAGCUGUCUUCUCAGGACCAACACUAGCACACGAUGCGGAAUGGCAGACGCUGAUCACUUCCCACACCAGGAGCCUGUUCGAUGCCGCUCGGGCCCUACGAUCAUGGCCACCCUAUCUUCGAUUCAUCGUGCAUUGGUUCCUACCUGACUGCAGAGCCUCACGAGCGCAACUGGCACAAGCCCGCCGGAAGCUAGCCUCUUACGAGCUUCGAGACAACGACCAGAACAGUGUGUUAGCAUGGACCAAAGACCAUAAAUCACCUGAUGCAGCAGUGAUCCAGCUCGCGCUCGCAGCAGGCGCAAUUCAUACAAGUUCGCAGCUUCUACAGCAGACUGUGCUCGACCUCGCACUUGCCUCGACUCAGCAGCCGAAAGUGAUAGAUGACCUCAGAGGUGAGAUUGAGAGCGUUUUGGGAGAUUCAAAUGGCAAGCUUGUGCCUUCGUCCGUGGCAAAGCUUACUUUCCUUGACGCGUGCAUCAAGGAGACGCAGAGACUCAAGCCGCAGACACUCAAUAAUCUCGAACGUGUCGCAAUUAAGGAUGUCAAAUUACCGAGUGGUCAGGUCAUUCCUAGAGGCACCCAGGUUGCAUUACCAAGCUCGCCCAUGUGGUCCGAGGAUCAAUGGGGUGCGGAAGCGGACAAGUGGAAUCCUUACCGCUACAUGAGAAUUGAUGAGAAGAUGAGCUUAGUAUCUAGCAAUGAUAAACAUUACGCGUUCGGAAUGGGUCGCUUUAUAUGUCCUGGUCGCUUCUUUGUGGCAGCUGAGAUCAAGGUUGUGUUGGUGAAGAUAUUGAUGGAGUAUGAUCUGAGGAUAGAUCCGAAGCAGCUUGAGAGCGCCGUUGGGAAGAAGGGACGAGUUGAAUGGAAGGCGUUUGGGUUUGAGCAAUUGGCUGAUGGUGAUGUUACUGUUGAGGCUCAGAGGAGGAAGGAGCGUUGA